AGAAGGUUAUUCCAGUCUUACUAGAAACAAGGAGGAAGAUGAUCCUGCUCAUCGUGUUGCUGAGUCUUGCUGCUCUGCUGCAACAGCCUGCUUCAAGAGCACAUGCACAAGGGGUUGGACCAGGUGAGCGACAGGAAAUUCUUGACAAGCACAAUGCCCUGCGGAGAGGAGUGCAGCCACCAGCAAGCAACAUGCUGAAGAUGGAAUGGAGUGGUGCUGCGGGAGCAAAUGCCAGAAACUGGGCAAGUAGAUGUCAAUAUCAACACAGCCCACCAGAACAAAGAACUGCUGAUGGAUUCCGAUGUGGUGAAAAUUUGCUCAUGUCAAGUGGCCCUAUGCCAUGGUCUAAAGUAAUUCAAGAGUGGUACAACGAGGUGAAAGAUUUUCAGUACGGUGUUGGAGCGGUCCCUGCAGGAGCCAAAGUUGGCCAUUUUACCCAGGUGGUUUGGUACAGGUCUUACAAAGUCGGUUGCUCUGUGAACCAGUGCCCUCAAAAUUCCCUAAAAUACUACUACGUUUGCCAGUACUGCCCUGCAGGGAACAUAGUAGGAUCACUUCAAACCCCAUAUAAAUCUGGGUCACCUUGUGCGGACUGCCCUGGCUCAUGCGACAAUGGAUUAUGCACCAAUCCUUGCAAACAUGAUAAUAAGUACAGCAACUGUGGCGAGGUCGUGCAAUCGCAAGGGUGCAAGGGCAGCCUUGCGAAUGACUGUGCUGCUUCUUGCUAUUGUCCCACUGAAAUAAAAGAGAAAGGAGUAACUUCAGACAUCUCCUCCACACCUGUCACAGCCUGGUCAGAGAUGAUCCUGCUCAUCGUGUUGCUGAGUCUUGCUGCUCUGCUGCAACAGCCUGCUUCAAGGGCACAUGCACUAGGGGUUGGACCAGGUGACCAAAAGCAAAUUCUUGACAAGCACAAUGCCCUGCGGAGAGAAGUGAAGCCCACUGCAAGCAACAUGCUGAAGAUGGAAUGGAGUCCUGCUGCGAGAGCAAAUGCCGAACGCGUGGCAAAGAAAUGUCGUUUUGCCCACAGCCCACCAGACCAAAGAAUUGCUGAUGGCUUUUCAUGCGGCGAAAAUAUAUUUGCAUCAUCUCAUGCUACUUCAUGGAAUGACGUGAUUCAAGCUUGGUACAACGAGGUGAAAGAUUUCAAGUACGGUGUUGGAGCAGUCCGUCCAGGGGCCGUAAUUGGCCAUUACACUCAGGUGGUUUGGUACAGGUCUUACAAAAUGGGUUGUUAUGCUGCCCACUGCCCUCAAAACCGCUUGAAAUACCUCUACUUUUGCCACUACUGUCCUGCAGGGAACAUACAAGGCUUACUUAAAACCCCAUAUAAGUCUGGACCAUCUUGUGGGGACUGCCGUCAUGCUUGUGACAACAAAUUAUGCACCAACCCUUGCAAACAUACUGAUAAGUUCACCAACUGCCCUGACUUAGUGAAGUCAGAAGGAUGUACGAAACCAAACAUGCUGAAAGACUGCACUGCUUCUUGCCUGUGUAAGAAUGAAAUAAAAUAGGUCUCCUUUUGGCACUUAUGAUUUUCGUUGAACUCCACAAACUCACCUUCAGCAUCUUUUAAUGAUCUUUUCCAAAUGAAAUUUGUAAACAUGCUUUUAAAAUUGAAAAAUAAAUUAUCUUGCAUA